AUGCUGAAGGGAUACUGUCCUCAGUCUGUCCUUGGAAAGCCAGAGAACGAGCAGGCCUCAGCCUUGCUGGCGCUGCUGCUGCUGCUAGACGGCAACAUGUUCUCCUUGCCUGAGCCGCCCUCUGGGCCCCUGGAGAAGAUCUUCCAGUACAUCGACCUGCACCAGGAUGAGUUUGUCCAGACCCUCAGGGAGUGGGUGGCCGUGGAGAGCGAUUCCAUCCAACCGGUGCCUCGUCUCAGGCAAGAGCUCCUGCGGAUGAUGACCAUGGCUGCAGACCGGCUCCGGCACCUGGGAGCCAGCGUAGACUGCGUGGACCUGGGCUCUCAGGAGUUGCCUGGAGGGCAGCGUCUUCCGAUCCCGCCCAUCAUACUGGCUGAGCUGGGCAGUGACCCCAACAAGCCCACCGUGUGCUUCUACGGCCACCUGGACGUGCAGCCGGCUAAGCGGGAGGACGGGUGGCACACAGACCCAUACUCACUGACGGAGGUGGAUGGGAAACUUUAUGGCCGUGGAGCUACAGACAACAAGGGGCCUGUCUUGGCUUACAUCCAUGCUGUGAGCACCUUCCAAGCCCUGCAGCAAGGCUUGCCCGUGAAUCUCAAAUUCAUCCUUGAAGGCAUGGAGGAGGCGGGGUCUGUGGCCCUAGAGGAGCUGGUCCGCAGAGAGAAGGAGCGCUUCUUCGCGGGCGUGAACUACAUCGUCAUUUCCGACAACCUGUGGCUCAGCAGAAGGAAACCUGCCCUCACCUACGGAACACGGGGAAACGCCUACUUCCUGGUGGAGGUAAAGUGCCGAGACCAGGAUUUUCACUCAGGAACCUUUGGCGGUAUCCUGCAUGAACCCAUGGCCGAGUUGGUUGCUCUUCUUGGCAGCCUGGUGAACUCCUCUGGUCACAUUCUUAUUCCUGAAAUCUAUGACUCCGUGGCUCCUCUCACAGAAGAGGAGAAGGCAACAUAUGAAGCCAUUGAGCUGGACCUGGAUGAGUACCGCAGCAGCAGCCAGGUGGAGAGGUUCCUGUUUGAUACCAAGGAGGAAAUCUUAAUGCACUUGUGGAGGUACCCGAGUCUUUCCAUUCAUGGGAUCGAGGGUGCGUUUGAUGAGCCCGGAGCGAAAACAGUCAUCCCUGGCCGAGUUGUAGGAAAGUUCUCCAUCCGUUUAGUUCCUCACAUGAAUGUGUCCAUGGUGGAAAAACAGGUGAAGCAGCAUCUUGAAGAUGUAUUCUCCAAGAGAAAGAGUUCCAACCGCAUGACUGUCUCCAUGGUGGUGGGACUGCCGCCAUGGCUGGCCAGUAUUAAUGAUCCUCAGUAUCUUGCAGCAAAGAGAGCCAUCAGAACAGUGUUUGGAACAGACCCCGACAUGAUCCGGGAUGGGUCGAGCAUUCCAAUCGCCAGGACAUUCCAGGACAUCCUUCAGAAGAGCGUGAUGAUGCUUCCACUCGGAGCUGUUGAUGACGGAGAGCACUCUCAGAAUGAGAAGAUCGACAGGCGGAAUUACAUAGAGGGAUCCAAAUUAUUUGCCGCCUUUUUCCUGGAGAUGGCUAAGCUGCAGUCACAGUAAAGGAUUCCAGCUGGAUCUGAGCUGGCAGCUGUCCUUUCCAUGUCCCGGAGAGGGAUUGAAUUGAAACAGCCUGGGAAUUUUGAUGCACUACAGCAUAUCUGUUCUUUGUCCGUUUUAAAAUGUCUUGGGACAUUGCAGCCACUGAUAAAAGUGUUUUAA